AUCACAUGACCCUUGAGGAGGGCGGGGUGGCUGCCCCGCAUGGUGCCCAUCCCGACGGGUUCUCCGCGGGGUCCUACUGCCCCUCCUCCCAUUUGCCGUCGUAUAGGACGGAAGCCACGGAAAAAGAAAUGUUGGCAACGGGCGCGGCGGGCCCUAGAGAAGAAGAAGAAGCGGAGGGCCACACAGCUCCCGCUAGUGUCAGCUCUCCCACGGAGGACAGCGAAGGCUGCGAGGGCCUCUGGGAGCUACCCGUGGAGCUCAGCGAGCGGAGACCGGAGUGCAGCCGCUGCGGGCGUCCUCAAAAAGUUUGUCUGUGUCCGUUCUUGCCAGUUCAUCCCUUGAAAGUCUCCACCUGUCUAUAUAUCAUCCAACAUCCAGCAGAGGAAAGUAGAGUACUACGGACAGUUCCUCUUCUUGCUGCUUGCCUACCCGAGGACAAAUGUAAAGUCUUGAUUGGACGACGCUUUAGUGAAGACCGGUACCCAGAGUUGGCAUCUGUCUGCAAAAAUUCAAAUACCUUAAUAUUAUACCCUGGAGCUGGAGCAACAAAUUUGGAAGAAAUAAAUAUAAACUCCUCUGAUCCCUGUAUAAUUAUCAUCAUUGACGGGACAUGGAGUCAGGCCAAGGAUAUAUUUUUUAAGAAUUCACUUUUUCGAAUACCUAAACAGGUGGAGCUGAGAACUAGCCUUUCAAGUCAGUAUGUAAUUCGCACACAGCCCACAAACACCUGUCUCUCCACACUUGAAUGUGCAGCUGUUGCCCUUGCCAUCAUGGAAAAAAAUGAGAGUAUUAAAGAGACUGUACUCCGUCCUCUUCAAGCUUUGUGUUCUUUCCAGCUUCAGCAUGGUGCUCAAGUUCAUCACAGCAAGGAACAUCUUCUUAAAAAUGGUUUAUACGACAAGCCAAUGCCAAAAAAUAAACGCAAGCUCAGGAGAAUGGAACUUCUAGUCAAUAAUGUUAAAAUUUAGCAGUGUCAUGUGGAUUUAGUAAAAUCCCUUUUAGCUAAUGAAAUGGAGUUUCAUAUGGAUUUAAUCCAACCAUCUUUAUAAUGGCGUGCAUUCAUAUGGCGGCUUGCCCAGAAGAUCAAGCAGAAUUCAAAACCAGACAGUUUGGAUCUUUGCCUUAGAGAAAGAAAUACACAAGAGGUGUCAUCUCCCUCCCACCCCAUAUUUAUCAGUCUGUGAUCUGUGUUACAGCAUAUUUGAUUUUUAUUAUGGGGGCCCUUGCGCAUUCCUGCAGAAGUAACAUACAUUUUAAAGAACAUUGGGCCAGUGAGAAGGAUUCAAUAAUUGAGAACAGAAUAUUCUCAUCAAGGUAUUUGAUUUGUAAUGAA